CCGUUUGUACACUGUACUUAGCUACCAUGGCCAGGUUGCCCUUCCACCUCUUCUCCUUCUUCGUCGUGCUUGCGCUCGCCACCGCAGUGGCCACUGCGGACAAUGACGACGUGCAGCAGCGGCAGGAGGGCAUGCUGCAGGCCCUCGGGGUGGUCACCCGCUUCAACCUGGCCAGGACCAACACCGACGCCGAGGCAGUGAGGCAGGUGAAGCGGGCGCUCGCGGUGCUGAACCGUGAGGUCGAGGCCCACCCGCAGCGGUGGAAGACCAUCUUCAACGCCGUCGACAAGGCGAUGGAUAGCGGCGCCGACGACCGCAGCAGGGAGGAGGCGUCCUCAGUGGCCAAGGAGCUGCUGGAGCGGGAGUUCGGCCCGACUCCUACAUGGCUCAAAAGGGUCGUCGGAGACGAAGAUCUGUAAAAUGCAUGCGGGGUCACCUCUGCCUUUUUCUUUCGACCUUAGCGUAACAUGUCUGUGAUGUUGUUAGUAAUGGCGCUCCCGACCGUGCGCUGCGGCCUGUCGCAGUUGUUUGAGCUCCACAUUUACUUUACUCCACGCCUUGAGCUGCGGAACGUCUGUAUAAGGCUGGUCAUAAUGGAGAGUAACAUAAGGUAGGAACCUACACGCUUUCCUAGACUAUGUUCCUACCUCCACAAUGGGGAGUAACAUGUAUGUAGUGUCAUGCAACAAUGCAUUUAUUAGGCUAUAGACUCAUUGUUUCUUGGAGUGUGUGAUGUUCCGGUAACUUAGCUAGUUACCACAAGCACCUCUCUCUUCACUAAAUACGUGCCACAUAAGCAAAGUUGUAUUGGAGUGUGUGAUGUUACUGCUAA